AUGGCGUUCCUUAGGAUAUACAAAUGGUCGACGUUAAACAAGCAAAUAUUUCUAGUACUGCUCGUUGGAAUCCUAGUAGGCUGGUUGCUGGCCUCUUUCUCUACAAUCAAACAGCUUAAUAUUCUCUCGGAUCCCCACACGAGCGGAGAUUUGGAGGAAUUCCACGGCCCUAAAGCGGAUUUGGGCAGGCAUGGAGCUCAAGAGGAAUUCCACAAAAUGGAGGAUCCUUCGAUUGCUAAUAAAUUGAAAGAGUCUGUGAGGAUAUUGUGCUGGGUGAUGACGCAGCCCAAAAACCACGCGAAGAAGGCAGAGCACGUGAGGAACACGUGGGGCAGACGGUGUAACGUGUUGCUGUUUAUGAGCUCCAAAGAAGAUGAUUCGCUGCCGUCGAUAGCCCUGCCGGUCAAAGAAGGCCGUGAUUAUCUAUGGUUGAAAACCAAAGAAGCCUUCAAAUACGUCUACAAGCAUUACUUGAAUUCGGCCGAUUGGUUUCUGAAAGCCGACGAUGACACGUACGUAAUAACGGAGAACCUGAGGUACAUGUUGCUGACCCACCGACCGGACGAGGCCGUUUAUUUCGGGUGCAGGUUCAAACCGUACGUGAAACAGGGCUACAUGAGUGGUGGGGCCGGUUACGUGUUGAGCAAAGAAGCACUGAAGAGGUUCAUCGAGAUAGGACUGUACAAUUCGACGAAUUGCUACAAAGGCUACAAAGGUGACGAGGACGUGGAAAUGGGAAAAUGCAUGGAAGCGGUAAAAGUCAAAGCCGGUGAUUCACGGGAUUCUUUAGGUAGAGAAAGAUUUUUUCCAUUCGUUCCGGAACAUCAUUUGAUACCCGGUCACGUGCCGAAGAAUUUCUGGUUUUGGAGGUUCGUCUAUUACGAACACAAAGAGGGAAUGGAAUGCUGCUCGGAUAAUGCGGUAUCCUUCCAUUAUGUAAGUCCCAAUCAAAUGUACGUUUUGGAAUAUUUAAUUUACCAUUUGCGACCGUACGGUAUUAAUUUUAACGUCGAUUUACCCGAAGGAUUGAAAUAUUCUUCGAUAAAAUACGAAAAUCACGAUUCUACUAACACUCCUCUAAUCUAA